GUGGCCCGGUCAGGCACCCUCGGGAACGGCCUUGACUUGCUAGCUAACCCGCGGGAGGCAAUUCAGGGAACCGCUCAUCCAGGCAGCAGGCGAGCGCGGAGGAGUCAUGUGCUGCGUUACAGGGGCGAGGGUAGUGACCCGUGAGCGUUAAGGUUGACGUGGAGGUGAGAGGGAGGAUGCAGGUAUAUAUAGCUCUCGGUGGUGCAUCUCCCGCCACCAUUCCUCGGCUCUGACGCGCCAUGAGAAUACUGGGUGUGCUCCUCGCCGGGGCAGUGGUCGCGGCCGCCGACGCCAGCCAGGUCAGCAACGUCCCCGACGAGAAGCAGCAACAGAAGCGCGCCGCCGAACCUUCGCCGGGCGUACUGCUGGGGCACGGCCUGGGUACGUCCAUCGGCUAUGGCCACGGGAUCGGGUAUGGCCAUGGGAUCGGCCAUGGCCACGGGAUCGGUUAUGGCCAUGGGAUCGGCCAUGGCCACGGGAUCGGCCAUGGGCACGGGAUCGGGUAUGGCCAUGGGAUCGGCCACGGUAUCGGGCACGGCCACUUGCUGGGAACCAUCGGGCACGGGUACGGGCACAGCCACGGCGUGCACUACGUGACCGAGUACGGCUUUGACACCGGCCACCGGUACGGGCUUGGUGUAGGGCACGGCCACCUCGGGCACUCACUGGGCCACGGCCACCUCGGCCACGGCCACCUCGGCCACGGCGGCCACUACGGCCCGUACAGCGCCCACUCCUACGGCCCCGUGCACCUCCUGCACAAGCGGGAAGCGGCGGCGGGCGCGGCGCCUGAGGCGGAGGCUGAAGCCGACCCCAAGGCCAAGGCCACGGCCACGGCCAAGGCCAAAGCCAAGGGUAAGGCUGGACUGGACUUCCACCACGGCCACGGGCUGGGUCACGGGCUGGGUCACGGGCUGGGCCAUGGGGUGGACCACGGACUGGGCCAUGGACUGGGCCAUAGACUGGGCCAUGGGUUGGGUCACGGGCUGGGCCAUGGACUGGGUCACGGGCUGGACCAUGGACUAGGCCAUGGGCUAGGCCACGGUCUGGGGCACGGUCAUGGCGUGGGCCACGUUGUUGGCCACGGGCAUGGCGUGGGUCACGUCGUGGGCCAUGUGCCAGUGGUGGGGGUGGGCCACACUCACGGAGUAACCCAGGCUGUGGCUCAUGGCCAUGCGGUGGGCAAGGCCUCUGUGCAUGGCCACGCAGUCGCGCACGGCCACGCCGUGGGUCAGGCUGCCAUACACGGUGCUGUCCUGGGCCACGGCCAUGGGGUGGGCCACGUUGGACUCGGUCAUGGAGGUCACGUUGGCCACGCCGUUGGUGUGGGUCACGCCGUGGGGCACGUCGCCGUGGAGGGUCAUGCUGUGGGCCAUGGCCAUGCUGUGGGCCAUGGGCAUGCCGUAAGCCAUGGCCAUGCUGUGGGUCAUGGCCAUGCUGUGGGCCAUGGGCAUGCCGUGGGCCACGGGCACGGCCUGGAUUACCUUGGGGGCCCGCACCGGCCUAUCGGCGUGGCGCACGUGGGCCACGGCGCCGUGCUGCACGACCACCCGGUGGUGGACCACAGCUUGCACGCGUUCGACCACGCCGAUGCCCACGUGGAGGCCCACGACGUCAAGCAGGCGCUGGGGCAGAAGCUGAGCCACGCCCUGGGGCACAGCCUGGCGCAGGGCCUCACCAACUCCGUCUACACCGGCCCCUACUACUACCUCGCCUACCCCGGCGUCUACUACGGGUGAGGCAGAGCCCCGCCCCGUGCCCCGCGCCGCUGUACAUACAUAGCUGUAGCUCCAAUAAAUAUACGAUCUUGCUAAGCCAAUGAGUGUUUAUCAGCCCUUACUCCCGCAGCUACUCUGGCGUCUCAUAAGAUGAAAAAGACUGUUUAUGAACGCCAGGUGCGAGGGUUCACACAUCACUUGCUAAGUUAAUGUCUCGUCACUCUUUGCUGUGAGUGUGUGGUGCUGGUGCCUGGUGCAGCCGGUGGGAGAAGCUUGGAUGACAAAACAUUGUCUUCGACAUAUGAUUUAAGGAGCCUGCAAUGCUGUAUAGGAAUUAAAAUGACCUCAUGAAGCAAUAGCAGCUUACUUGAACUGACGACGCAGCACAAACAAGAGGACAAUCAGGCAGCUGGUGUGGUGGUGUCAGGGUUGCCACGCUUUACUUCUCCGGGUUUCCACAGGUACCCAUUUAUUGACCAGUCCGAAAGGGAGGAUGAACCGCUGGAUGCUUGGGGCGCCCACUGCCUAGGCCGAGAUCGAACCAAGGUUUGUUGAUUCCUAGCCAGUCCUGCUGACGACUACACCACAGAGGCGCCCGUGGAAUAUAGUGUAAGAAAAAUAACACCCUACAGAAUUAGCGAUACAGGUUGAGAUGACAAUGUAUGGUCUGGAGUUAGAGGUUUAAGAACAUUCUGUAGCUUUUUAAUAGCUGUUUUGUUGGGAUGAUAACUUAUUAGGGUAACACAGAUUAACUGGUACUUGCCUAAGAGACUCCGCUUAUGUCUUGGAGGGGGAGACGUCUACACAAACAUACAAAGAGCAACGAAUCUUCCCAAAGUGCAGCAUGUUAAUAGGAAAAUAACAUACACUAAUACAUGGAAGCAAAUCAUUUAGAAGCUAUGGUCACUAUUCCCAGACCCUUCUGCCUCUAACAUCACCUAUUUCCACAGGCCGAUAAGGAGAUCAGUCGGGUUCUAAUGAGUGUUUUGCAGGUUCAUGGUACAGAAGAAGGGUCAAACUACCAGAGGGAUCAUGAAGCAACUUAUGGAAAUGCUCAAAAACUCGUAUAUACAUUGUUAAAUAUGUGUACCCGAGCGCCGAGAUGUUUUAGAAUAUGGCCCAGUGUUUCUUCCUGUGAGCAAUGUCGUUUUUUUCCUGGCUAUGUAUGUCAGAAGUAACCAAAGAGUUUUACGCCACAAUAAAAAAAUGUUGCAAUAAUAUGUCGAAAUAACCAUAUAGUUUUACGCCACAAUAAAAAAUGUUGCAAUAAUAUGUCGAAAUAACCAAAUAGUUCUAUCCCACAAUAAAAAAUGUUCCAAUAUUUCAGAAAUAACCCAAUAGUUUUACGCCACAAUAAAAAAUGUUCCAAUAUUUCAGAAAUAACCCAAUAGUUUUACGCCACAAUAAAAAAUGUUCCAAUAUUUCAGAAAUAACCCAAUAGUUUUACGCCACAAUAAAAAAUGUUCCAAUAUUUCAGAAAUAACCCAAUAGUUUUACGCCACAAUAAAAAAAUGUUCCAAUAUUUCAGAAAUAACCCAAUAGUUUUACGCCACAAUAAAAAAUGUUCCAAUAUUUCAGAAAUAACCCAAUAGUUUUACGCCACAAUAAAAAAUGUUCCAAUAUUUCAGAAAUAACCCAAUAGUUUUACGCCACAAUAAAAAAUGUUCCAAUAUUUCAGAAAUAACCAAAUAGUUUUACGCCACAAUAAAAAAAGUUCCAAUAUUUCAGAAAUAACCAAAUAGUUCUACCCCACAAUAAAAAAAAAUGUUGCAAUAAUAUGUCAGAAAUAACCAAAUAGUUUUACGCCACAAUAAAAAAUGUUCCAAUAUUUUACGCCACAAUAAAAAAAUGU